UUGUCCAGUGAACAAUUCAAGCACAGUUUCCCUCUCUCCGCUCAGAGACUUGAACGGAAGACGAGCGGAAUUAAACUUCCUCGGAUCUCUCUCUCACUCUCUUAGGAGAUCUAGGAGGGUAGAGAAGAUCUCGGAGAUCUAGGUGAAAUCUAGGAGAUCUUCAGGACUUCAGAGAAUAUCUAGGAGCUCCAAGAAUAUCUAGAAGCUCUCAGAAGAUCUAGGAGCACAAAGAAGAUCAAGGAGCUCUAAGAAGAUCUAGGAGCUCUAAGAAGAUCUAGGAGCUCUAAGAAGAUCUAGAAGCUCUAAGAAUAUCUAGGAGCUCUAAGAAGAUCUAGGAGCUCAAAGAAGAUUUUGAGAAAGAUCUUGAAGAUCUAAAAGUUCAAGGAUAUCAUAUAGAGGACGCAUAUUUAGUCAAAAUAAACACUUGCGAGAAAAAGUGAAACCAAACACUGGUAAGAGAAUGGAUCAAAGUGAUAAAUUAUAAAUGGAGCUGAACGUCGACUGGAGAUAAGACUAAUCCAACCAAAAUGGAGCACGGACGAAGCGGAUGGAGACUAGAGCACAGUACCCUGGGAUGGAGAAGGUCUAUUCUACCUAGAGAAACAAGAAUACUUGAGAUUAGUGGACAUCAAAGUUUUUAUACAACAAGUCGACAAUAUAAGGAGGAGAAGCAGAAAGAGAAGAGAAAAGCGAGACUAGAGAGAUUUGAAAGACAAGACAGAGAACGAGAGGACAUAUUCCAGGGUGUUGAGGACAGAAGAGGACGGGAUUAUGAUUCAACUGGUCCUCAUGAUAAACGAUAUUAUGUUGAUGGGAGCGGAUAUGGGAGCCUGCAGGAAAAUCUGCUCUUAAAACUGCUUCAACAGGACGGUCAAUAUCCCAGGAUGGGUGAGGAAUACAGUCCUGGGAAUACUAGAUUAGAAACAUGGCAGGAUAAGAUCGGAGAUUCAUCGAGCUCCGGACUAGGAACUCAGAGCGCAAACUCUUCUCCUAGAACCUCGCAACCCUCAACAAGAACCUCGAACCCGUCUCCAAUGACCUCUUCGUCCUCUCCAGGGACCUCACAGUCCUCCCCGACAGGAUCAAAGUCCUCUGCAACGGGGGCUAAAAAGUCUACCCCGACGGGAGAAAUUAGAACUAAAAAGAAGAAGUAUAAAGCCCCCUGUGCAACCUGUGCCCACUGUGGUAGCCAGCAGAUAUCUAAGUCAACUAGUCCAGUAACCAAGGAUGGUAAAGGUAUCGGAGAAACUAAACAAUCCAAUCCUAAUCCUCUACCAGAGGUUAAAACUAAAGAAACAAGUUUACUACAGAAACACAGUUCUAUGCUGGAUAUCAAUAUCAAAGGAACUUCCUCUCCGAGCCGAGAGAGAAGAAAUUCGCACAGUGCUGGCGCCUCUAGGACCACUGGAGUCCCAAAGACUCCUGGAGUGAUAAGACCUCCAGUUAUUCCCGACCCAGAUUACGAUGUUGAGGUUAGCUCCAAAGGUUCUCCGAUAAAAUCCGUUCCGGCUCCGGUGCCUCCGAAGAACUCCCCUCGGGACUCCCGGAAUUCCUCCCUACGAGAGGGGAGGGGUGGACGGGAUUAUACUAAACCCAAGGAUUCAGGACGUUUAGAGGAACUUAGGAAUUCCGAGAGGAGGAGUUCAGAGAAGGAGGUGCUCAGGAGAGGAUCAGGAGAGGAUAGAAGAAGAGGGUCGGAGAGGGAUGAACGGGACGAGGGCAGUGGAUCAGUGAGCGAGGAUCGACGAGGAUCAGGAAAGAAUGAUGAGGAGGAGAGGAGAGGAUCAGGGAUGAAUAAUAAUGAAGGAUCAGGACGGAGAAGUGUUUGGGUCAACUCCAACCGAUAUAUGGGAUCAGAGGAGGAUGAUCUGAUACCAACAAAGACGCUAAAGGAAGCUUUAAAAAAUCGUCCGCCCGUCUCUGAAUUCGUCAAGGAAAUAACUCGAGCCAGUGAACUAGAUAGACAGAGAGAAAGGGAAAGGAAACUGAUGGAAAGAGAGCUGGAAGAAUCUAAAGAAGAUGAUGAUGAAGAUGAAGCAAAGAAAAUCUACCGGGAAAUCCUAGAGAUUGUAUCGAUGAACUCCCCUGCUUCCCUGACCACGGUGAAGGGUAGGAUGGUCGGGUACGAGGAGAGGGAGAAGAACAAGAACAAGAAGAAGGAAAUAGUUCGGGGAAAACAGAACUCUAGUCAACAAAUACUUGCAAAGAUUCGGAUGAACGAGGAUAGAGAAUCUAUCACAACAAGUUUAGAUAGUUAUCCAUUCGCCCCCACCUCACCCUGGCAUCACGGGGUUCCGUCCAGAUAUAAUAGGUUUGGUUAUCCAGUCUUUCCAGAGAAACAAUUUGGACUACCCCCUCCUACAGGUCCAUGCUCCUUCUCUGGGUUCUCUCCUAACCAAGGGAUUUCAGGAGAGAUGAGAGGUUUAGGAUCCCAUGCAGGACCUGUGUCUUUGAUUCAUCCAAGCAGUCAACCUAAAAAGAAGAAGAAGAAGGGAUUUCUUUCUUAA